UCUUAGAACUCUGAAACGAUCCGUACAAGAUGGCGCCCUCCUGGCAUUUUUUUACGGAUGAGGCCACCUUUCCGUCCGCAAGAGUGUGGUUUCCGCUGACGAAUUAUCCCAAAAUGGCGGCGCUCAUUUAAAAAUGGCGGCUCCCAGUGGAGGUGUGUGUUUUUUCCGUACAACCUCUGCGAACGGAAGCGCAUGGUCCCGUUCUCUGAUGUUUAGUGUCAAAAUGGCAGCUUGCGUGGCUCGGAGGCUGGGUACGGAAAUCUUACCGGUGGGAGAGCUAGGGAAGGGAGCGGGGCUAUUGAUUUUGCAUGGCUGUCCAGAGCACGAAGCUCUAUGCUUUUCUGGGAGUCAGCCCCACCGAACCCGAUGGGGAGUCCUUACUGAGUAUACAUUCAUGGGAGGAUUGCGGGGUAAAAGAGGGAGUUACCCCCCCCAAGUGCCCUUCUUUUCCUACUAUCAUCGCAGGUUGCUGUUCCAGAAUACCCAUGUCAAAUUCUGGAUGGUGAAACAUGCACAGUUGCCCCUCUAGCAAUUUUUGAAAAGGGGGGGAGGCGCACGACUUUUAUGGCUUUUAAAUGGCUAUAUAUAUGUGUGUGUGUGUAGAUUUCUAAAUGGCCUUUGCUUAGUUUCUUUUAGCUUGUGCGUUGCGAUGAAAAUAUAGCUUUUGACAUUUUAAGCACAACCCGUUGCCAGAGCCCAUAAUGGUUAUAACUGAUUUAUGCUCCGGCUUUGGCUAUAGCAUUAUGCUGUUGUGCUGUUGUGCCUAUGAAAUACCCGUUGCUACAACUUGCAAGUAGGGAGAUGGCUCGAAUCCUGCUUGCAGAUUUCCCACAGGCAUCUAGUCAGCCACUGUGAGAACAGGAUGCUGGGCUGGCUAGAUGGCCUGUUGGCCUGAUCCUGUAGCCUUCUCUUAUGUUCCUAUAAGGAGAGAGAGAGAGGCAAUUUGACCCUCCAGAUGUAGGAAUUCCAACUGCCUGAUGUAAAAUGUAGUCAAAAAAUGCUGGCUAAUCCCGAUGAGUACCUGCUUUCCUCUACCACACAGCACGUCAUCCUUGCAAAGUUCUCGGGUCAGGUUUUGCUUCUGCCCAUGAACUUGGUGGUAGCCUUGGGGCAGUGGAGCAUUUGCAAUAAUAAUAAUAAUAAUAAUAAUAAUAACUAGUAUAGACCUGCCUAACAGGGUUGUUGUAACAAUUACCAAAAGAAUGCUUAGAAAGCUUUGGGUCCCCUAAAGUAUAUUUAUCUAUAUCCAGUUUCAAGAGUACAAGGCACCGUGAGUCUAACUGAAUCCUGAAUUUCUCUUUCUACUUCCAACCCUACAGGACCUCGGCUGGCAAAAAUUGCUUCGAUGUCUCGGACCUUCCAUUGCAGUACUGUGGAUCAGUCUGGUGGGGCCUGGAGAGUGAAGUGAGUGCCAGAGAUAGAGGGAGGCAUCUUCAGAGCUAGAGAGAGAUCCUUCAUCUUACUUACUCCAUUAUUAUUAUUAUUAUUAUUAUUAUUAUUAUUAUUACUUUUCUGGCAGCACUGCAAAUGACUUUGCCCUCUGUAUACUUCCUUCCAGGCACGGUUUCCCUAUAAACCCUUCACAUUAUGGACCCUUAACAGACCUUCCUGACUGGUCGUUUGCUGGUAAGAAAAAUGGGUGUUUGUAUUAUUUGUUUCACUGUAUUUAGGCUGCAGACUUGCAAAAUAAAAAUAACGUUGCCUUUACAUAAUAUCGGACCAUUGAUCCAACUAGGUCAGUAUUUAUAAUCUCCUCUUCCACCCCAACUCACAGCUCGGUUAAUCCUGAAGAGAACCAGUGUACUUUGCUAAGUGCAGUAAGUUUUAGUGUUAAAAUUUGGCCCAUAAUCACCAUUCCUCCCUCCACCUCUUUCCCCCUUUUCUUCCUAAUGUAACACUAAUGUCUCACAGCAAAUGAAACUGAUCUGUAGAAAACGCAGCUUUAAAAAGAGACAUUGCACGUACUUUUGUAAACUAAGAAAUCUUUAAUAAUUUUUUUUUUAAUGGCCCAUAAAACUUGUUACUAUCAGCCAUGAUCUGAGGGCACAAUAAAAGGGUGUGACUGUAGCAUCCUUUGCAAGCAGGCACCUUCCAGAUGUUGUUGGACUACAACUCCUAUCAGCCCCUUGCUGGGAGUGAUGGGAGUUGUAGUCCAGCCUCUGGAGAGCACCAGCUUGGGAAGGGUGGAAGAGAGCAUGCAUCUGUGUUGAAAUAACCUUAACAACCUGGCGUGAGGUGCUAUUGAGAUUACUUUCUUGUACUUUUGAGCAUACAGGGAAGGAGCAAGUAUCUGUAUCCUUUUUUGUUUUUUCUCUACCCCAGAUGGGCGGCCAGCCCCACCGAUGAAAAAUCAUCUCCAUAGGAAGGAAAGGAACGAAAACUUGGCUGUAAGUGGGAGCCAGAGCGCCUAAGAGCCUUAGGAGUCCUGGUUUGGGGGGAAUUUUGGAAUAACAUUAAGGAAGAGUGCGGGGCUUCCCGGAUUGGCAGAAUGCUGGAAAACCUCACAGGUGUAAUAACAGAUAGAAAUGAGUCAAUCUGGAGCUAUUACUAUGCUGUUUGGGGGUUUUUUGGGGGGAGGGUUAAAAAUUUAUUUAAUCAUUUUUUCGAUACAAACAACAACCGCAAAAGACACAUACAACAAAAACCAUAAUGACAAUAAUAACACAAUUUGACAAUUCAGAUUUGAAUACACUGAUAUACCUAUGACUACACCUUUUUAACAAUAUUUUCCCACCUCUCUCUCCUCCUCCCACCGUUAUCCGCCUUAUCGCUUAAAUAUUCAUUCCCGAUUUCUUCAUAUUUAUCCAUUCUUAAUUUGCGUCGACAUGCAAUUCGUUCGUAUGUAGCUAAUCUGUCCAUAUUAUCAAUCCCUGAGCUCAAUGGAAUCUUUUUGCAGCUCUUCCAAUUCAUCAAAACAAGUUUUUUUGCUUCUAAUAAAGCACGAUACAUCCAAUUUUUUUUACCCCUUCAAGGGGCUAUUACUAUGCUGUUGCCCUAUAGGAAAAGGAUCCAGUGGGUUCUGAGGCAGGGAGUUUUCUCUCUAGAGGUCUGUUGUUUUUUAAAUGGCAGACUUAGUCUUGGAUCCCAUAAAUUAAGUCUGCAUAUGCCCAGAGGCAGGUUGCCUAUGAGCAUAUGCAGAGUGCUCACUGCUGAGCAACUUCAGCCAGCUCUUUCACCUCUUGAAACUCGGAUAAGGAUGGAAGGGAAGCAUGAGCCUUGGUGGGUUUCCAUUAAAGCUAUGAACGUAAACCAGUUUGAAUCCCAUCGCUAUUCCACGAACAUUUGGAAUUUUAGCUUUGUGCCUUCUGGAAUCCUGCUGAACAGUUCUCAAGAUUUCUUGAGAAAGGACAGUGCAGUUUGAAACCCAUUUUAAAAUUCACAGCGUAACGUAAUGUACCCUCAGCAACAGAUUAUGUACUUAUUUUAUUUAUUUAUUUGAUCCAGCAUAUGAAUCACUUCCCCCCCUAAAACACCUUGAAGUGAUUUCGCAGUUUAAAAAAGCAUCAGCGCUAAAAGCAGUUCCAUAUGUAAAAGCGAUUUUUAAGAUUCCAUAUGUUAAAAAGUGUUUCCAUGUAUACAAACGAAACAACGCUGUUUAAAAGCAAUUUCAUGUGUAGAAACCAUUCCAGAUCCAAUAUGAAUAUAGACUGCAAUAAAGAGAAUCACUUAAAACUCUUGUUGAAAAAGGCCGCAUCUGCUCCCAAGCAGAGCUACAGUUCUCACAGGGAACUCUGGGAAUGAUAGUUCUCUGAGGGAAAUAGUGGUUUCCUCACAACACUCAAAACCCUUUUUAAUUUUUUUUUAUUUCCUAAAAUUUAUAUACUGCUUGAUUGUGUGUGUGUGUUAUUUUAAAAAAACUAUGCUUCCCAGGAAUCACGUAGAAGCUGUGGCAGUUUAAAGUGGUAUGAUACUGCUUUGAACGUCUAAUGCAAAUGGGGCCAACAGAGACGGCGCCUGUCCAAUGGCCGCUGAGGAUUUCCUCAGGCGCUGAGCUCACUCUGCUCUUCACCUUGUCUCCUCAGCGUCGGGUAGCCAUGAUCUCCGCAGAAAUGGACCACGGGAUGGAGAAGUGGAAAGCUAAGCAGAAUGAACGAAAGCGACAGGCAGAGGAAAAGCGACGCAACAGACUUCAACCUAAAGGAAGCUCCCAAGAGCAAGACCCCAAAUAAAUAUUCCCCCCCCUCCAAUUUGGC